AUGGCCACCAAGAGGGACAUAGAUGCUGUCAUCAACGCAGACAACGACGAGCGCCAGCCCCAGCAGUCCACCAAGCGGGCGCGUAACUCGAGCGGCCAGAAGAAGUCGAAGCAGUCGCACGAACCCCAGACCGACCUCACGUACGGCCAGCGGUGCUGCUUUCCCGGCCUCGACAAUGAUUAUGCAAACAGUGACGAAGAUCUCGAGUUUGAGGACGAGACCGACGCACUCGCAUACCUCCAAACUGUCCGUGAACUACUACUGAUAUGGUCGGGACCGCAGCUUCCCACAGCCCCGACCGCCGACGGCGAUUCAGACUACGACGACGACAGCAACCGCGCCGCGGAUCGCAGUAUUUACGAUGACGGCAUCGGCGACACGCGAGGCUACUACGAAGACGGCGCAUACACGGCAGCACCCGAUAGGGUCGAGGAUUACGGCCCCUACGGCGAGGAGUCGCUCGAGCAAGCCGAAGACGACGAGGCAGCCAGAAUCGCGGGAGCCUACUACGCCUCCCUCACGACACACUUCCUGAACCUCCGCGAGCGCCUGCACCAGGACCCGCCGCCGGAGGCCCUCGCCGCCCUCACAAAGGAGCAGUCCCCCUACGUCGGGCGCUUCGGCCCGUCGUCUAGGACCUUCACCACCUGGUCGGUCCGCGUGCGCCGCUCCGACCCGGUGCCGGCCCAGGUCGCCGCCAUGGACAAGGACGCCGUGUUCCGCCUGCUCCGCGUCGUGCUGGGCGGCAAGUUCCUCCGGAGGGGCGCCGAGCUGCGGGAGCGGACGUCGAGGUGGCUGUGGGCGUUGCUGGCGCGCCUGCCCGACCGCGGCGAGCUGGACUACAUGGAGGUCGGCUACGUGCGGGACCUGGGGAAGCGGGCCGCGCUGUUGAUGCACAGCUUGCGGGAGAUGGCUGCCCUGAGGGAGGAGGUGGAGGGUGGCGGCGGGGCCGCGCAAGAGGACGAUGGGCUGGAGGGCGAUCAGGAGGACUGGGACGGCGAGGCUGAGGCGCUGGAUGAUGAUGGCGCGGAGGUAUCUGCACCGCCUCAGGAAAGCGCCGAGCCUGCUCCAGCCGCGGACAACGACCCAGCGCCGGUGCAGCCCUCUUCAGACGCCCCGGCGAGAUCAUCCUCUACUGCUCCCACGAGCGUACCUGACGCUGACGGCGACAAGGCCAAUCAAAUGGAAGACGGCGAGAUCGACGAGUCUGCGCCCAUGGAUAUAGACACGGACGUCGAGAGCGCAAAGACACGGCUCCUUGCUAAACUGAAUGCUCACAGCUCGAGCGGAAAGGAUGCUGACCAGGCAGGGGAGGAACCUUCCUUCGACCCGGCCCGAGCACGGAUGAAUAUGCGGGCGACGCUGAACAUGAUCCUGACGGUCGCGGGUGAGCUCUACGGGCAGAGGGAUCUGCUUGAGUUCCGGGACCCCUUCCAGGUUUGA